AUGAGGAAGGAUUUCUCAUGCUGCUGCCCAUCCCUGAUCCCCAGCAGGGAAACUGCUCGUUUUUAUCUGCUCGGUGUGCUCAUUGCUCUGUACAUGCUGGCUGGUGCUGCUGUAUUUUCUUCCUUGGAGAGACAAGCAGAGUUGCAGGCCCACCAGCUCUGGGACAGGAGACUGAGGGACUUCAGCCACAAGAAUAAAAUUAGUUGUGAAGACCUGAAAAAUUUGUUGCGCCACUAUGAAGAAGCCAGGACAGCAGGCAUCCGCACAGAACGAGGCAGAGCUCUAUGGGACAUCCCGGGUGCUUUCUACUUUGUGGGAACUGUAGUCUCCACCAUUGGAUUUGGAGUGACUGCCCCAUCCACUGUGACAGGGAAGGUCUUUCUUGUUUUCUAUGGGCUGCUGGGUUGCUCAGGUACCAUACUUUUCUUCAAUCUCUUUCUGGAGAGAGUCAUAACGUUACUGAGCCUCACGAUGUUCUGGUGCCACAGAAGGAGAAGCAGUCAUAGCAGACUGCAGGGCACAACCAGCAAAGGUAACAGAAACGAGGAAUGGAAACCAUCUGUGUACCAAGUUGCGCUCAUCCUUUUUAUUGCUGUCCUGCUGGUUACAUGUGGGGCUGCCUUCCUCUAUUCAGCCAUGGAGGGCUGGACUUACUUGGAAUCCCUCUAUUUCUGUUUUGUGGCGUUCAGCACAGUGGGCUUUGGGGACUUUGUAAGCGGCCAGAGAGAGCACCAUGAGGAUACGUGGGCAUACCAGGUUGCUAAUUGUCUCUUAAUGCUAUUGGGAGUCUGCUGCACUUACUCCCUCUUUAAUGCCAUCUCUGAGAUCAUCAAACUGGGACUGAACUGGAUGCUCAAGAAACUGGCCUGGAUGUAUGGUGGUAUCUGCCAUUACAGACUGCAACUCAGACCACUAUUCAAUCUCUCUUUUUCUGACUCCGAGCCACCUGUAUGUUACUGUGAAGAUGGCAUUCUUCAUAGGCAGCAGAUGAAAGCAGUUUCGAGUUCAAUCCACAGUAUGCUCUGGCGUGCAGGAGCUCCCAGUGCUAUUGUUAAAAGUAUUUGUGAUGAGGCCAAAGUGGAAACACUGUAUCACUUAAAUUUGGACGGAGCAAUGUCUGCAAAACAAGGACAAGGAAGUUAUUCAACUGAAAAGAAUGCAGUGUAUUCUAGACCACUGCCUAUUGGGACUAAUUAA